AUGCCACGAGCCUCCUCUACACCGGCUCCGGGGCUGAGUCCGCAAUUCUGUUUCAAUGAGCGGGUACUUCGAGACUUCCUAAGCCUUUCCAGAUCCACGAUAGAUGACUCGAUAACCCAAAACCUGAAUGCGCUUUUCACCCCCGCCCGCGAGGGCUUCGAUCCGUCCUCGACAGCUGUGCGGCAGACAGACUCGAAAGCCGGUCGAGUAAUGGACCCCACAUCUUGCCAGGAGUUCAAGGAUAAAGUACUAUUCCCGUCAUGGCAGACGAGAUCGGAUGUUCUUACAUAUUGCGCUGGCGUUGCUACGAGCCCUGAUCCGGACGAUCCGGAUCUUAUACUUCGGCAGACGGAAUCUGCGAGAGAUCGAGAACGGGUCGUAGAUGAGCGGUUGGAUCCGUACUCUGCAAGGUUCUUUCCACGAGAGGCUCGCACAGAGUCCCUGGCGAAUCUGGUGCGGAAUCAGCGGACCGUUGAAGAGAUCAUACGCUCACGGACUUGGGGACUCGUUUCGGAACGAUGUGGUGGUUCCUCCGAGGGUUGGGAGGGAGCUCUCAAUAAGUGGCGUGAAAGUAGCCAGCGAUAA